AUGAUCGCAGGUGCCGCCGCCGAUUGCCAGCCCAUCACGUGGGAAAUUUUCCAAAGUCGAGACCCUCACAGACGCCAACGCCCAAGACGCACGUUACAAGACGACGUAACAGCCUACUCAGGACGUGGAGAUUCGCCAUCCCUCGAAGACACGGGGCCAGUUUCCUCGAAGGAGCGCUUCAACGGUAUCCGACUACCAUUGCAAGUCUGCUCAUGGACCAGGGCCAUGGCCCUGAAGACUUUCCAUCCUCUUCGCUACCGCAGCAAACGCCGCAUAGUGGCGUGUCCCCCACUCUAUGAAAAGAUCGUCGUUAAAUUCAAGGAGGAUUGUGUUUGGGCAUGCCCAGCAGUUGAUAUCUUCCAAAUCAUGAACGUCGACAUCGAGACCAAAUUUACGCAGCCGUGGCCGUUUGCCCAACCGAGCGGCCAGCAGGUCUCCUCACGCUCUCAGCCUAGCGCGACGGCCAACGGAAUCCUCCGGGUCGUCCAAAAUGUCAGAUUCGACUGGUUCGGUUCAGAUGUCCCAAACCCAGAAGAGCUGUCCGGCGCGCUUGAGUGGUUCCUCUCCCCGCCGAGCAUCAAGCGAGUCUACAUGGACAAGUACAUGACGCAUCCCAGUUAUGGCAUGGCCGAGUACUUGAGUUCGGAACGCUUUCGGCUCGGCUCUCGCAAGCAUGGACCCGAAGAUCUCCACCUCGUCGGGCUACCGGACGAAAUCACCUCUCUUCUUCAAAGUCCGACGACGGACAAGGCCCCGUGGAAGGCGCUGCAGAGUAGGAGAAUUCCAGUUGUAGUUCGCCAUUGGGGUUUUGGUCAGGAGAAUGUCCCGCUGGAGCUUUUCCUUGACGAGAAGGAUGAGAUCUGCUUUCGGCUCUUCUGUCAACAGUCCCUCCAUGUUGUGGAGUUGGUCCUGGGGUGGGGGCCAUGCAGAGUCAAGCUCGAAGGGAAGGAGGGACUGAGAAAAGACGUCGAGGUUGAAAGUCGAGACGUGGCUUCGGUAAGGGCUAUGAGGAAGAGCUUCUAG